AUGACUAAACACGAAACAACAGUGCCUAUACCAAACGGAGAAUGCGCAGAGAAGCCAAAAGCCCCACACUCUCGGGGGUACUGGGGGAACAAGGCCGAGUUUAUUCUCACGGUGAUGGGUGCUAUCAUCGGCCCGGGAAACGUGUGGCGCUUUCCGUAUUUGUGCUACAGGAACGGAGGAGGUGUUUUCUUCAUUCCCUACGUUCUGUUUAUCUUUACGUGCGGGAUUCCCUUGUUUUUCCUGGAGACUUCGCUGGGACAGUUCACCAACCAGGGAGGAAUCACGUGCUGGAAGAAGAUAUGCCCGCUUUUUCAAGGAAUGGGCUAUGCCAGUCACCUGAUCAUCUCCUUCAGUGCCACGUCUUACAUCAUCAUCAUGGCGUGGGCUUUCUUUUACCUGUUUGCGUCCUUCAGCCCCAAGCUGCCGUGGGCCUCGUGUGGAAACGAGUGGAACACAGCCUCCUGUUUGGACUUAAGCCAGACCAACAUAAGUCAGAGCGUAAUAUCCAAACACAACACGACUCUCCCGGUGGUCGAGUACUGGCAACGGCGGGUGCUGAAGAUCUCCACGGGCAUCGAGGACACGGGCAGUCUGAGGUGGGAGCUGGCGCUGUGCCUUGUUUUGACCUGGGUCAUCUGCUACUUCUGUGUGUGGAAAGGCAUCAAGUCCACUGGGAAGGCGGCCUACUUCACAGCCACCUUCCCCUACGCCAUGCUGCUGGUUCUACUGAUCCGAGGAGUGACUCUGCCCGGAGCUAUCGAUGGAAUCAUUUACUACCUGUACCCGGAUAUCUCAAGACUUUCUGAUCCACAGGUGUGGAUGGAUGCUGGUACCCAAAUCUUCUUCUCCUACGCCAUUGGACUCGGCUUCCUAACGUCACUUGGAAGUUACAAUCACUUCAAAAAUGACUGUUACAAGGAUUGUUUCUACCUGUGUCUUCUAAACAGUGGCACCAGUAUUGUGGCAGGAUUUGCUAUUUUCUCUGUUUUGGGGUUCAUGACUUAUGAGACUGGACUGGACAUCGCUGAAGUGGCAGAAUCAGGUCCGGGUUUGGCGUUCAUCGUGUACCCUCGUGCCGUGGCCAUGAUGCCGGUGCCUCAGGUCUGGUCCGUGUGCUUCUUCCUCAUGAUCAUCCUCCUCAGCCUCUCUUGUCAGUUCGUGGGUCUGGAGUGCCUGAUGACAUCACUGGUGGAUCUCUUUCCGGUUUAUUUACGUCAAGGAUGCCGUCGAGAGCUGCUGCUGCUGCUCAUCUGCUCUGUCUGCUGUUUACUGGGAUUGUCUCUGGUCACAGAGGGUGGGAUGUACCUGCUGCAGCUGCUGGACCACCAUGUGUGCAGUGGCACCACCCUGUUGUUGUUGUCCUUCUGCCAGUCUGUGAGCAUCGCCUGGGUCUACGGAGCUGACCGUUUCUAUGACAACGUCUCAGACAUGAUCGGAUAUCGUCCAAACAUACUCAUGAAGUACUGCUGGAAAUAUGUCACACCACUCAUAAUCUUUGGCACAUUCGUGUUCUCCAUAGUGAGGCACAGUCCUCUGAAGUUCAGUAACUCGUAUGUGUACCCGCUGUGGGCCAACAUCCUGGGCUGGUUCAUCGCCACCGUGUCCCUCUCCUUGAUCCCACUGUUCGUCAUCUAUCAGCUCAUCCACGGAAAGGGCACCCUCAAACAGCGGUACCUGAAACUUUGCCAGCCCUCAGAUGAAUUCAGCCAGACUCAAAGCUGGACAGAGAAAAGCAGUGUUACUAAACCAGACCCGACUGAACUCAGACUGCUGACCAAUAACAGAGAGCUCGCCGCCUGA